AUGCCUCGGCGAAAGAAGACGAGGGGCCCUGAGGAGGAGGAAGGCGAAUCUGCUGCUGCAGAGCAGCAGCAGCAGCAGCAGCAGCAGCAGCAGCAGCAAGGAGAAGAUGGGGAUACACCUGGAGAUGCAGCAGCAGACAAACAAAAUAAUGCAACAACAGGAAAGAAGGGUAAAUAUCGCAAAGACAAGCCCUGGGAUACAGACGACAUUGAACACUGGAAGAUAGAGCCCUUCCUCCCC